UGCCCGCCCGGUUGCCAUAGUUACUCGGGUCACAUGCGCGGCUUUCCCGUGGCCAACGGCGUAAAAAAAGGAUGCUCUCUGCCAUUUUAAUGUGGACGGAUUAGAUAAAGGAACGCCAUCGAAAACAAAUGGAAAUAGGCGCCGUAUGGGACUGUGAGAGGAGGUCCAUCGCUCGAUCUUUCCACAUUAUUACGGGUUCGCCUGUCGUCGGUUCCGUACAUUUCAGCUGACGCGAGAGCACACAGACGGAGGUUUAUCAACCGAGCCCCUGCCUGCAUUUUGCACGUCUUCCUCUGGAGCCCUGCUAUCAGGAAUGAGUAUAGAAAUCCCCGAGGGCUUGACGGAGCUUUUACAGAGCUUUACGGUGGAGGUGUUGAGGAAUCAGCCGCGGGAUCUUUUGGAGUUCGCCCUGCAGUAUUUCACUCAGCUGAAGGAGAACGAAGCGAGGGCGGCCGCUUUCGGCAAUGAGCAGCACCCGGCUCUGCGCGCAGGCAAAGCCGUUAACUUCAUCGAGGAGGCCAUGCAGAUCGACUCAGAGAACGGAGAGGACGAGGAUGACGAUGAGGAAUUCGUAGCGCCAGUCAUAAACAGAUUCAUAAGACGACCUUCUGUGUGUGCUGAGGCCUUCAACCCAGAUGAGGAUGAAGAGGACAAGGAGCCCAGGGUAACUUACCCAAAAACAGAUGAACAGAGACAAAGACUACAAGAGGCCUGCAAGGAUAUACUUCUUUUUAAAAAUCUUGACCAGGAGCAAAUGUCCCAAGUUCUAGAUGCCAUGUUUGAGAAGACAGUUUCUGCUGGGGAACACAUCAUUGAUCAAGAUGAUGAUGGAGACAACUUCUAUGUCAUUGAAAGAGGGACUUUCGACAUCCUUGUGAAGUCAGAGGGCACCACAAGAACAGUGGGCUCAUAUGACAACCGUGGGAGUUUUGGGGAGCUGGCGCUGAUGUAUAACACCCCACGCGCUGCCACCAUUGUUGCUACCUCACCUGGCGCCCUGUGGUGCCUAGACCGAUUGACAUUCAGACGGAUCAUUGUAAAAAACAACGCCAAGAAGAGGAAAAUGUAUGAAGCUUUCAUUGAGACCCUUCCACUGCUCACAUCUUUGGAGGUCUCAGAACGAAUGAAGGUGGUGGAUGUCUUGUCAUCCAGAGUGUACAACAACGGAGAGCAGAUCAUUGCACAAGGUGACAUGGCAGACUGUUUCUACAUAGUAGAGUCAGGUGAGGUUAGAAUCACCAUGAAGAGGAACCGGUUGAAAACAGAUUCUGAGAUUGAGGAGGUGGACAUCGCCACAUGCACUAGAGGCCAGUACUUUGGAGAAUUAGCCCUUGUUACAAACAAGCCAAGGGCUGCUUCUGCAUAUGCCAUGGACAACGUCAAGUGCUUAGUAAUGGAUGUCCAGGCAUUUGAGAGGUUACUGGGACCGUGUAUGGACAUCAUGAAACGCAACAUCGCUAACUAUGAAGAGCAGCUGGUCACCCUCUUUGGGAGUCAGAUGGAAAUAGAAGAGCCAAGUGUAUAAAAAAAAAAUGCUUCAAUGCAACAUAAUAAAAAUAGUAAAUAAUGGUGAGUACAGGUCACUCACCAUUGUUCAGAUGCCAUAUGAUCCUAACUUUUGAACUUCAAAGUUAUUGUUUUGCAUCACAAUGUCAAGCUCUGGUGUGUCAGUGAUAGUGAUUUUUACAUGUAGGAUAAACUUAACAGGUUAUGUAAGGUUUGAAAAGGUUUCAUUUUUUGUUAGUAAAGUGUUUCGUUAUAUUGGGAACAAAAACUGUUUAUCCAGCUAUUUAGUAAUGUCAUCAGCUCCACUGCUGUAUUUGUUUGAGUAUUAGAAUUGUUUUAUUUAUUUUUUUACAUCUUUUUGAGUUCAGGCUUUGACAGAAGAAAGAAGUUGAAAUUUCUUGUCACUUAUUCGUACUGCAUUUCAAAACCUUGUUUAUAAAUCCUGUACAUUCCAAAGUACAAAUAUUCUUAACACCUCUUAUUUGUAAUAUACCAGUAAGUCUUGAUUAAUUACCUUCACAAAAUGAGCAAACACAAAUAUAAAUUUGGGAGUGCACUGUGUGAGUCUAUUAGGAUGACACAAACCAAAACCUAGUUACAUGUAUUAAAACAGGAUGUAUAACAUUCAUCUAUAACUUUUUAAUGGUUUGAUUACAGAAAAGGGAACCGUAAGUGUGUGUGUGUGUGCAGAUUGCACUUUGCUGUCAGAAUCAUGGAAAAAGAAAAAUUGCACAUUAUAAUUUCUGCAGUAUACAAUAGUUUAGAAUUUUAGUUCACUCAUUAAUAAGUAGAAUCCAUGUAGUACUGUCUCAAAGGUAGCGUAUUUAUUGUACAUAUACAUUAUUUUAAGAUUUAUUUAUGAAUCCCCGGUGUUUCAGAGUGGAAUAAGACAUAUUUAAUGUUCGUAAGAGCUUUCUGUUGCCAAUUAUUUCUACAGGGUGUAUGUUUUCUGUUAAAAAAAAAAAAUUAUUAUUAUCAAAUAAGGUAUGGCAUACUAUUUUAUUUUACUCAGAUAUGCUCAUUUGCCUUUAAAAGUUUUACUUCUGAACUGCAAUAUGUGUCACCGGUUGUAGUGCUGUUGUCCAUUAUUCCAUCCAUUACAGUAUUACAGUGUCUUUGCUCCACUGGCAAGUAACCAAUUUUUUUUUUUUUUCCAAUAACAUUGAUGAGAUGAGAUUCGUUGAUGUCUUCAUAACGAUGUUGCACCAUGACACUGUGUGAGUUCACAGCUUCUGUCCCUGAGUAGCCCCCUCGUCCGUCUGCUUUCAUUGUAGGAUUUUCUGUUUAUUGUUUUAUAAGCAGUACACUCGUUGAAUACUUUAAAUGCUGACCUGUGUUUAUAUUUAUAUCAUUUAUCUGAAUUACCAUGUUCAAAAGUAGCUCUUUGCAUUACUGCUCUCUAUUUAAUGACAUUCAUGUAGAAAGGUCUACUCUUAAUGCCAGAGGCACUAGUACUAUUGUCUGUGUUAUUUCAUUUUCCAUUCAAAUAAAAUACAAUUUUGUAUUA